CUCCGCGGAAUCAUACCCGGGGAACAUCAUCGUACUGCGGCUUCAGCUCUGCCCGUACACCGCGACGGUAAACCGGAGCCGAAGCAGGGACAAGCUGUGUCUGAGCCGUGGUGUCCACAAUGUCUCGGCUGCUGUCGGGGGGUCUGCGCGGUCUCCGUGCUUACGUCCUACGACGUCACGAACAUCGGCUUCUGGUGUCGUGUCUGAGCGGACUGUACGGCUGCAGGUGGAGACGCAACGUCGGGAGUGUCACUCGGCCUGGAGACUGCUGCUGCAACAAGUUGGAGGGCGCGAGCUUUGCCGUGUUGGUGACGUCUUUCUGUUUCACUCUGGUGUUUCUUUACUUCUGGGCUCAAGCAAAGAACGACUACAAUGACUUUGACUGGUUUAACUUUGAGAGUCUGGGUUUCUGGUUCCCGUGGUCCAUGGUUCUGUUGGUCGUCACCGCAGUUUGCUUCUCCUACGUCUCUGUGCUCACGCUGCUCGCCGUGUGUUUGUUGUCCGAGGGACAGAAACUUUAUUUACACUGGAGUCACAAGGUGUUGAUGGCCGUGACCCUGAUCUUCUCUGUCGGAGCCGUCGUUGUCCUGUCCAGCAUGUGGGGAGAUGAGUGGACGACGACUCUGCUGUCCUUCCAGGUAACAGCACCUUACCUACAUGUGGGCGGAGUCUUGUUGAUGACGUUGCUGGCCUGGCCAAUUGCGAUGCAUUUCUUCCGCAUCAACCGCAGAGUGCUGCGCGGCGCGAUCAUGGUCGUGUACGUCGUCAUCCUGUCUCGUCUCUACAUGCUUCCCAUGGGUUUUUAUUCUCCUUGUAUCAAAGACAAGUCGACUCUGGGCCGAGCGCCGGCUCUCAUCGGCCACAGAGGAGCUCCCAUGCUCGCUCCAGAAAACACACUGAUGUCGUUUGAGAAGGCGGUGGAGACAGGAAGUGACGGUCUGGAGACGGACGUCACCGUGAGUUACGAUGGCGUUCCCUUCCUGAUGCACGACGACACGCUGCAGCGCACCACCGACGUCCACCGGGUUUUCCCGAACAUGAGCGACCUCCCGGCGGCCAUGUUCACGUGGGCGGAGCUUGAGCGUCUGAACGCUGGAGCCUGGUUCCUCAAACACAGUCCGUUCGGUUCGGCUGGCUCUCUGGGUGCAGAUGAGCGUCAGCGGGCGGGAAACCAGUCCGUGUGCAGCCUGCAGGCUUUCCUCCAGCUGGCGGCUCGGACCGAGCGAUUGGUGAUCUUUGACCUGUACCGCCCGCCCGCCGGUCACCCGUACAGACACACGUGGGUCCAGCGAGUGCUGCAGGUCAUCAAUGGCUCGUCCAUCCCGUCGUCACAGGUGCUGUGGCUGCCGUCAGAUUUCAGAGCUCAGGUGCAGGAAAUGGAUCCCGAUCUGCAGCAGACGUCGGGAGGACGGCUCCCCCUGGAGGAGCUGCAGAGUAACCACAUCGUCAGAAUGAACCUGCACUACACGUCGCUGUCCGCUGAGCUCGUCAAGGACUACGCCGUCGUGAACAUCAGCACUAACCUGUACGUCAUCAGUCAGCCGUGGCUCUACUCUCUGGCCUGGUGCAACGGCGUGCACUCGGUCACCACCAACGCCCCCCAGCUGCUCAGCACCAUGAACGCCCCUCUCUUCCUCAUGAGUCCAGAAGAAUAUACGCUGAUGUGGAGUUUGACGGACGUGUUCUCUCUCCUGUUGAUCAUCGUCAUCUUCAUUUUCCACUGCUGGCGAGAGCGAGGACACACUUCCUACUCCGCAAACAGAACCACACCGGAAAGCUGCAUGUACAGCAAGUUUCGGACAGAGACGGGCGACAUUUGGUCCAUUUCCAGCACAAGCUCGCUGCCAGAGAAGACUCUGAACCUGGCAACCCCACAGAAAAGUGACAUCUGCGUAUGAGAGGAGCUGACCUGGCAACCCUGAGCCCACACACUGAUGACCUCAGUAAAACACACUGUAAGGUUGUCUUUGUUUGUUUUCCUACACUUUGUUUUGUAGCCGUUUCCACACAAAAAUCUGAAGAUUUUUACUUUUUGUAGCUACAGAAAUCUUUAAAACCUUUUCUAGAAUUAUCUAGGAUAUAAUCAAAAUAGAAAUAUAAGAGUUGGAAUGUGCAGAUCUGAUCUAUAAUCUAAGUCUUUUUCUACAUUAAAGACCAAUUAACUGA